GAGCCAUAGAUAGAACAUUGCUUGCCGUCCGAGACGCAUCGGUGCGCUUACUCCGUCACAGGACACAACUGCGAUUCGACUUCGUUGCUCCCGACAGAAAUGCACUCUAGAACAUAGUACGAAUUUUUUUUUCUCUACUUGCCUUCUGUCCGAGACUUGUUCAGUCCCGUCAUUCGUCUGUAUUAACAUUAUUCUUUUAUUCGAUAUCAUCGCGGAUUGCAGUCGCUGUGUCCACAGUUGGUCAUCGCCGUUGGUUUUACUCAAAUAAUAUCUCGAGAAUACGCUCGUCGAACGUCGUCGUCCUCCGUCCUGGAUAGGUUUCGACGAUGGCUGAUGGUAGAACCAAACCCUUGAGAGUUGGACGGCGCGUGUGCGUUGGCACUUAUUUUGGGGUCGUUCGGUACGUAGGCCCUUUACCAAACACAGAAUCUGAGUGGGUUGGAAUCGAGUGGGACGAUUCGUCCAGAGGUAAACACGAUGGUGUUCAUAACGGCAUCAGAUACUUUAAAGCCCUACAUCUUAACGGAGCAUCAUUCGUGCGGAUGGAAAAAGUUGUACCUUGUAAUGUUAGUUUCAUCAGUGCAUUUAAAAAUAAAUAUGGUCAAGAUUGUGACCCCGGAAUCAAUCAAGAAAUAUCGGCAUUAAUGAAACAAUCUAAGAUUCCAUUUUUUGAAUUAGUUGGAAUGCAAAAAAUCAAAACGAAACAAGCAUGUUUUGAAAAGUUAACUCAUGUAAGCCUUAGUCAUCAGUGUAUUACGGAUGCUGGACUUCCAGAAGAAAUUCAAAAUUGUUGCCCAAAUAUUAUUGAUUUAGAACUUUGUAAUAAUUGUUUCGAAGAUUGGGAUACUAUAUCUCAAAUUGCUCAACAAUUAAAAUAUUUAACUAGUUUAAACUUAAGCUUUAAUACUAUAGAGUUACCUCAUGAACAAAAUAAAUUGUUGAAAGAAUCUUUUAAAUGCUUGAAGAAAAUUAUUUUAGGUAAGCUUAAUUAUAGCUGGUAUGAAGUUAUGACUUUAUGUGAAGCAUUUCCACAACUCGAAGUAUUAGAGAUUCCAGAAAAUAAUAUAUCUCGACUUGAAACACCUUUAAUAGUACUAGAUAAUCUCUUGUACUUAAACUUAGAAAAUAACAAUUUGUCAUGGACUGAAGUUAACAAACUACGUUUUCUAUCAAAAUUAGAAUCUUUAAACGUCAAUCGCAAUGGAAUAAAAGAUAUUUUUAUUGUACCAUCAUCAUUUCUAUCUCUUAAAUAUCUGAUGAUCAGUGAUAAUAACUUAUUGCAAUUUAAAUCAGUGUGUGAACUUAAUAAACUACCAACAUUAAAUUCAUUAAGAAUUCAAAAUAACCCUUUACUCAAGGGAAUGAGUGUAACCAAUUACACUUUACAAAUAGUAGCAAGAAUUUCAAGCUUAACGAUGUUAAAUGGAACCAUGAUAACUCUUAAAGAGAGACAAAAUAAUGAAAAAGAUUUCUUAAAAGAUUUAGAUCUAAUAUGGCAUAGAAAAUUAAAAAGUCCAGAAGAAAAAGCAGAAUUUUUGGCUGAACACCCAAGAUAUAUGGAACUUAUUGCUAAAUAUGGCUCUGAUUACUCAGAAGACCUUAAUACAUCAAAUAAAAUAAAGACAAUAAAAUUAAGAAUUGUGAACUUUUGCAAAGAGUCAAGUACAGAAAAAGAUGUAAUAGUUAAAACACUACCAGUUUCUAUGACUCUUCAUCGUUUAAAAGAACUAGGAAAGCGUUUAUUUGGAUUGGGCAACAAACAACUUGAAUUAUCAUAUUAUACAAAAGAUAAUCCAGAUGUUGAAUAUUCCAUGGAUAACUUAAACCAAACAUUUGAUUACUAUUCUGUUGAAGAUGGAAACACAAUUUUAAUUAAGUGGUAAAUAAUAAACCUAGUGUACAACCCUAAUUUUUAAUAAAUUAUUUAUUACCAAUUUUU